AUGCUGUUGGCUGCAGAUACUCCCUGCGCACUGGCCUCUUCUAGUGCGCAAACGUUUAAACGCACAAGGAGAGAUGUGAAAGUUGGCAAAACUCGGAGGAAACGCGCAUGGAUUUUCCCAGGGACGCUGUGGUGCGGCACUGGAAGCCAAGCAGUUAGAUACGAUCAGUUAGGGAUGUUUGAGAGUGCAGAUAGAUGCUGCCGUGAGCACGACCACUGCCUGCAUGUCAUCCCGUCUUUCACUAUGAAUUAUGGGGUCUUCAACCGCAACUUGUACACCGUCUCACACUGUGACUGUGACCAAAGGUUUCGACAGUGCCUUCUUAGUGUGAAUGAUAGCAUUUCCAGCAUGGUGGGAUACAGCUUCUUCAGCAUCCUGCGGGUUCCCUGCUUUGAGCUGAAACAGAAGAAGCAUUGCACUCAGUUGUACUGGUGGGGAACGUGCAAAGUAUCCCAAAGUGCUCCGUAUGCUGUCUUAGAAAGCCCCCUUCCUUACGCCUCUGAGGUUACAAGCAAAAAAGGGGACCACAUUGACAGCAACGUCUUAACAGGUAGCAAAGGGCAAAGCUUUGUAAUCAGCCCACACAGAAAAACACCAAAAAUGGCAACAACAAGGACUCUGAGGCUAAAAAAGAAAACAGAAACACCCAAAAGAGACACUACGAAAAUAAUCUGGAGUACAGCUACUUCUGCAAGACCAGUCACAACAAAACUGAAGAAAGCAGCCUCUGUUAAUAAGAAUGAGAAGCCCAAAAAGCUGAAGGAUUUCCCUUUACUACAGAAUAAUACAAGCGGGGAGCCUAUGGGUAGUACCAGAGCCCAAAGCACACAUGCAGAGAGACGCCCGAAGCAAGAUAAUGUAUUACAUAAUUUGACAGACAAUCAGCUCCUGUGUGAAAGCCUCAAAUAUCUUGAUGAAUGUAAAUACAAAAUCCGUCCUUUGAAGAAGAAGUUUGAUCUGCAGAACAACAAAUCAAAGACUGCAUACCACUGUGACUGCACCAGCCGCUUGGCUGUUCAGAUUGAAAGCUUCGAGCAACCCAGUAUUCUCCCCACACUACUGAUGGAUUUCGUCUCUCAAUACUGCUUUAAACUGCCAAAGGAGAAAAAAUGCCACCGCAGAAACAGAUGUUCUGGAGGCUUCAGUAAAGCCUCUGACCUACUUCAAGCAGUUGAGAUGAUGGAGGAAAAAGACACGGCUGGGGUGCGAAAUUCAGGCAGUGACAGAAGAAGAGGGAUUCCUGUUCGUCUCUAUAAGCGAUGCCUCAGGCUACAAAGAGAAGCCGAUGUUAUGGUGCAGCUCACACGGCUUUAAACUAAGUGCAUAUUUGCAGCAACAUUGAAUUUGGUAAGCUACACAUGUCAUGCGUUAUUUUUUAUGUUUCUUUCUGAUGGUGUAGUGUAAUAUUUGUAAAAUAUUUGUA